UGAUUGCAGUGCGGGCAAAUUUAAAUGAUGAAAAUUUGAUUUAGAUUUGAUUUAAGAUAUCGAUUCGAGCCAUGGAAUGGUUAAAACGAAUAGAAAAAAAAUGAUAGUGUCCUUCGGCAUUAUAAUUUUUGGUUAACAUUUCAUUGUAUAAGUAGAACUGGACAAUUUGAGUUUGAGAUUAGUUGCUGUUGCUACCUUGGUUAAAAACUAAAUGCGUUUAAGUGUCUUAUCGUAGUUGCCUGUGAUAGUAUUCCAGUGUCAUGGCCUGUGCUGGAAGGAAAUAAGAAGACCGUCUGCCAGAUAUAAACAGGGAUGCCGUUUGUCCUGCAAGAAAAACUAUCGCUCUUGACACUAUCAGAGAUCAAGAAAGUGUCAUUCAUACUAACCUUUAUAGAAAGGACUAUUCGCUAUAUAGGCAAUCUGAAUUUCGACUUUUCCUACUUGAAUUGGUAUACGAUUUUAUUUUUCAAUAGGAUUCUGCGAUUGAAAACUUCAACGAAUGCUGCGUGUUGAUACACUAUGACGCAAUAUAGCAAUCUGACAAUCGUCAUAUAUAUUUCGUUAUAUACACGUAUUGAUAAAUGUUUCGACACUUCCAUCUAGUAUUGUGUUAGUGGUAAAUUAUACGGGACAUCGAUGCGUCCCCGUAAUGGUCCAAUAUUAACGCGGACAUAUCAAUGCAGACGAUUUGCCCCGUGCGCAUCCAAUAUGACGCCAAUGCUUUCGCUCGAAUCCAGCUGACAAGGAGUGGUUACAUUCCUUGAAUUGGAUGAAGUUUUACGGUGUAAUGGAAGCAAUUUUCAAUCAAAUGUUUGACACAGAGAAAACGGAAUUAUGUUAAUGCGGUCCUAUAUCGACUGUCGCCAAGGGGCGGUUCGAGCGGUUCGUUACAAUGUGGAUGGAAAUUAUGCGCUAACGGCCGGCAGUGAUCGAACUGUCAAAUUGUGGAACCCAACAAAAAAUUUACCACAUAAAUGUCUGCAAACUUUCGUAGGCCACGGUCUUGACGUGCUCGAUUGUCGGGGAUCUUGCGACAAUUCGCUAAUUGCGACGGCAUCAGCAGACAAAUCUUGUGCGCUUUUUGACGUGCAAACAGGUCGAAGUAUACGUCGGUGGCGUGGGCACGCUGGCUCUGUUUUUUGCGUGACCUUCAACGAAGACGCCUCACUUGUGCUUUCGGGUGGCAUUGAUGGAACGGUUGCUGUCUGGGACGUACGCAACAAAGGAACACGUGAACCCGUGCAGAUACUCAAGGAGCCAACAGAUGCAGUUACCAGCGUAACCUGUUCAGAUCACGAAAUUUUGGUUAGUUCGCUAGAUGGCCACGUUCGAAGAUACGACAUUCGGGUAGGAAAGAUGUUUCAUGACGAUACAGCGGCACCAGCUACAAGAGCAUGCUUUACGGCCGACGGCAAAUGUAUCCUGACGUCAUGUAUUGGAGGUGUCCUUCACUUGAUUGACAAGCAUUCUGGAGAAUGUUUACAACAGUUUAAAGGGCACAAAAACGCUGAAUUUUAUUUGGAUAUUGCCCUGGGAGCGAACGAUAUGCGAGUGUUUUCUGGAUCGGAAGACGGAAAUGUAUAUAUAUGGGACCUGAUAGAAGCCAACGUAGUUCACAAAAUUCAGCAUAAUAUUAUCGCACCAGUUCAUUCAUUGAGUCAUCAUCCAGAGAAAAACUAUCUAUUAACAGCUUCGAAGGGUGUUGUCUAUUGUUGGGCAGAAAAAAAUCCAGAUGAAUGAAUCGUUAAAAAUGGAAAUCUUGUUAUCAUGGAUAUUCGCUUAAACCUAGAAGUCACUUCCGCAUGUGUACGUGAGUAAAAUUGCGGGACAUGCCGUUGUGUUCGCAAAGAUAUCAAAAAAGUUAAGUGCCUUUCGUUUUAACGCAAAACAAUGCCAUAAUUCCAGCUUUAAGAUUCAAGCAAACUAGUUAAAAUAGUGAAUACGUUUAUGGUCCUCGUUUUAUGAAGUAUGAUCUUGAGUCAUAAGAAAACACUUCAAUUAAAUUGCGAAGGAUUCUAAAGGAGAGCUGUGAUUUAUCGGCAAAGCCAGGCUCGUAAAAGAAGCUUAUUCGAUUAAUAAUAAAGUUGUAAUAAUACUAUUUCGGAGUCAAGAAAGUCCUGUUCUGCCUACAACCGGAAAAUUCUUCAUGUCGGGCGUACAAUAUCUUACACGUAGUUAGUCGCAGCUCUCUGCCGCUAUUCGGGUUUCUGAGUAGUAUGAGCAAGAUCAUCGACGGGAAAGAUUUGCAAACUAAUUCAUACCGAAAGAAUUCAAAAGGGUACAGAAGAACAUAGAUAUAGGUUGCUAUUUCAACAGGUCGUUCAAGCAUUAGUUUGAAAACAACUGAAAUGACUGGGUUCAUGUCGUAAGCCAUUCAAGGCGGAUUGAUCCUGCGUUAAAGCAAAAAAGCUUCCAUGUUGUCAUUGGCGACAUUAGUUACGUGGACGUACAUCGUAGAACGACAAGUGUAUCUUGUGUGGGUUCAUAGAAUAUACUCAAAAGGUGUUGCCGACAGCUGAAUUUCGAAGCUCUUUGCAUAUGGCCGCGACCACUGCAUACUUCACUCAGAUUUCUACGCAUUAAGUCGACAAUUCCAAUAGCUUCAGACAGUCGAUUGUCGGGUUCUACAAAAGAAUCCUAUAUGAUGAAGUAUAAAGUUAAGUGUUAGGCAAUUCCUGCAGACUUCAAAAGUUUUCAAGUACUACUGAGUACCGGGACCUAUAAGGCACUGAAGUAUCACAUAUUAAAGAUAUAGUAAAUUUACCAUUAACAAUUCCUCCUAAUAUAAAAUAAAAACGCAGUGCUAUAAAUGAAAAGCUUUUAUUAAAAAUUUCUUUCUUAUUUUUUAUAUAUGGUGCAUCGCUUGUAGGUAUGUACCUUCCUCUCGAGAGUGAAACAGAGUGUUUUUGUGUAAGUUUGAAAAUCCGGAUUGCAUCGUGUAACUUCGAACAAAUCAUUAUGUACAGUUUGUGCUGGCAUUUAAACCCACUUUUGUGUUAGAAGUACGAAAAGCACAAAAGAACAUUUGCGGUCUUUAAAAGGAGUUUUGCUGCAAGCAGCGUAGUGUGUCCCAUUGAUCUACAUCCUAGAAUGCCUUAUUUUGAUUCGACAUUUUUCAAGAAGUCUGAGAGUACGCUAGUAGGUACCAUUAUGAAAAACAGUACACCACCGUAUUGUUUCUCCGAGUUCAAACGCUUUCUGUUUAGUUAUAUAGUUUAGGAGAAGGCAGAUAGUGAUGCCUGGAUUUAUUAACCAUAUGUGUUGCACACAUAUGCAUAUAAAACCAACUAAUUUACUUUUGCUGUAUUUCUUGUUUUGUUUAUAUGACGUGCUAUUUGUCCCUUUGCUUGAAGACCGCAGUUACAGAUGACACAUAUUAUAAGCACACCAAUACCGUUUGUACAUGCAGGAUUAUUGUCGUUACCAUAGUUAGAAAAAAAUCAAAAAGAGGACAAGCCAUGUUGGAACAUACAUUUUUAGAAUAGGCCAUUUCUUCUCUGUCGUGCAACGGUGAGCUAAUCCUGCAGCUUAGUUCAUCGAACCUUUUUUACAGAACGCAUAUGGGGAAGAUACCAUCUGAAAAUCGUUAGUAAUAAAUUAUUAAUUUCUACUGUUGAUAUAACCUUCAGAUCUGAGUCUACGUUUGAAUUUACACAAUUUACUGCAUAUUAAAACAAGUAAUCGGUUUGGAAACUACAUUGUGCAUUCGUUAAGUUACCUUCUUUCGAGACAAUAAAUUGCUUUUCUUUAAGCAGAUCUUAUGCCAGCAGACCAGGUGCCAUUUACAGGGCGGUAUUCUACCAAGAUAUUUAAGGUCUUGGUAACAGUAUCUGUGUCAGCAUUAUUCUGCGAUUUAAAAUACCAGCAUGUUUGUUCAUCAUAUAGAUAUCAUUGAUAGAGAAACAUUUUUCGACAGCUCGCAUAGCCUAAAUUGACUUCAUCCAAACUCGAAUACAUGCGGGUGUGUUAGCGUUCUUCUGUGCGGACUAAGCCCUAAUAGAUAAAGGGUCGGGAUGACUGGCUUUUGUGGGGUAUUCGUGGGGACGCGGUUGUUGCUCCGCAGGAGAGUAUUAGACGCAACUUUUCAUCGUUUUUAGGGACACACAUUUGAUACAAAAGGACUUGCCUACAGCUGGCGCGGUAACUUAAAAAAUCGUGUAAAUUUAUUGUCGAAAAGUAUACAAUCGAGCGGAUUCAGUUUUGAUAAAAACAUCAUCUCACGUUACCAAUGCCUUAUUUUAACCUGGCUUCGACCUAAAGCCCUAUGCAGUAUUACGACCGGCUCGGAGGCAUCUAAAAUGAUAUCGAGAAAUUGUAAAUCUAUAGAUGUCGAUGGAAUAUAGACAUACUUAGACUGAUGAAAUACGACCUGGUACGGACCCGUAAGAACAAAAUGGUUAUUGCUUUCUGCGUAUUGCGACACUCAUUUACCAUAUUUGCGGCUUAAUAGGCUUUAUAAUCUCCAGGAUAUUAAACGAAAAGAAUAAAAAGAUUGAGUUGACUGAGAUGCAUAAAGACGCAUGGCGAAUUCUAAAAUGUAUAUACUGUAUCUAUGAUACGUCAUGAAAUGCGAGCCAAGUGAUGUCAAUAACUUACAAUAACUUAAUAAAUAAAAGUGACACAUGAAAUACUCGCA